AUGCUUGCUAUUCGACGAGUCACUCAGCGAGCAAGCGUCGCCUUCACAGCAGCAACUGCCCGUCGAUUCCCAGUUGGUUCGACCGUGCGACUGCUCACCACGACCAGUGCGCAGACAGACAGAGAAACGAUUAGUCGUUUGCUCUACUCUAUCGGCACCAAACGCGAAGUAGAGCGCUACCUGCGCAUCUUCUCUGCCUCUUCGCAUCCCUCGCAACCUGCAAAGUUUGCCGUCAUCAAGGUUGGAGGCGCCGUGCUCGACCAACUCGACGAGCUCGCCCUAUCGCUCUCGUUCCUCUACCGCGUCGGACUCUACCCAGUCGUCCUCCACGGUGCUGGUCCACAACUCAACGAAAUUAUCGAGUCGGAGGGUGUCACGCCUGACUAUAUAGACGGAAUCCGAAUCACCGACGCUCGCACGCUGGGCAUCGCCCGACGAGUCUUUCUCGAGGAAAACCUCAAACUCGUCACGGCCCUCGAAAAGCUGGGGACACGAGCGAGACCAAUCACCAGCGGUGUCUUUACUGCAGACUAUCUCGACAAGGAAAAAUACGGUCUCGUCGGAAAAAUCACCAGAGUUGAUAAGAGACCCCUAGAGGCUUCGAUCCGUGCGGGCGCGCUCCCCAUCCUCACCUCGCUUGCCGAGAGCACAGAGGGCCAGAUUCUCAAUGUCAACGCCGACAUUGCGGCGGGCGAGUUGGCCAAGGAGCUCGAGCCCAUGAAGAUUGUCUACUUAAACGAAAAAGGUGGCCUCUUCCAUGGUGUCACUGGACAGCGACUCGACGUCAUCAAUCUCGACGAAGAGUAUGCGGGGCUGAUGAAGGAGCCAUGGGUCAAAUACGGCACCAAGCUCAAGCUCCGCGAAAUCAAAGAGCUGCUCGACCAUCUCCCGCGUUCAUCGAGUGUCGCCAUUAUCAAAGCAGACUCGCUCCAAAAGGAGCUCUUUACAGACUCUGGAGAUGGCACACUUAUUCGACGAGGAUACAAGCUGUUCAAGCACGACUCGAUCGAGGCUGUCGGUCCUGAUCGGAUUCGACAGGUCAUCCAUGACAGGGACCCAGAGGUUCAGAAUGGUACUCAGAGCGUCUCGGGCGUCCUCAAUGACCUGAAGAAGACGCCUUACACCAUUUACGGCGACGAACCCUUCGACGUCGUUGCCAUUGUCUCCCAUCCACCAGGAGAGAUUCCUGUCAUGACCAAGUUCUUGCCAUCCAAGAACGGCAGUCUCAACAGCGUCACAGACAAUGUCUUCAACUCGAUCAAGAAGGACCACCGCAAGUUGUUCUGGACGGCACCUGCAGAGGAUGAAAACCGUGCAUGGCACUUUGAACGUGCAGACGGAAGCUUUACCCGUGCCGGCAAAAGUCUCUUCUGGUACGGUAUCCACGACGUGGACGAGGUCGAACGCGCGGUCAAGGAGAUGGAAGCCAAGGGGCGUAUCGAGCGUCCGUAUCUCCCUGUAGGGCCCUCUGUCCCUCCUCAUCGUCUGGCCUCUUCCACCGCCACCACGGGUGCCCGCUCCUACUCGACGUUUACGCGCGGUGCGCUGACGCAGAAGAAGGCGCCUGGAUCUACGCGUGGGUAUGCCACUGCAGUAGAAUCGACCACAGAGAAGAAAAGAGUUGCUCUUAUCGGUGCACGAGGAUACACUGGCCAAGCGCUCGUCUCGCUUCUUGAUGGCCACCCUCAUCUCUCCCUCUCUCACGUGUCGUCGAGGCAGUUGGCUGGACUCCCUCUAGAGGGCUACUCCAAAUCCCCUGUCACUUACUCCAACUUUUCCGUUGAAGACGUCGAAAAGAUGGAAAAGGAGGGCGAGGUCGACGCGUGGGUCAUGGCGCUACCAAAUGGCGUUUGCAAGCCCUUUGUUGAUGCAGUAGACAAAGGAUCCAAGGGACGAACUGAUGGGAAAAAGGGCGUUAUCGUGGACCUGAGCGCAGACUAUCGAUUCGAAAAGCAGUGGACGUAUGGUCUUCCUGAGCUCUACUCGCGUUCGGAAAUUCGUAGCUCGACCCGCAUUUCGAAUCCUGGCUGCUACGCAACGUCCAUUCAACUCCUCCUCGCGCCUCUCCUUCCAUACGUAGACUUGCGUGCUCCUCCCACCGUAUUUGGUGUAUCUGGAUACAGCGGGGCUGGGACAGUCGCCGGUCAGACAGAUCCAGACGGUCGCCCGACGACAACGCCAAAGGUGCCUCCGGAUAGCCUACACGGUGGAAUCCGACCAUACUCGCUCACGGAUCACAUUCAUGAGCGCGAGGCGAGCGUACACCUCUCAUCGCUCCUCACGCUCUCCCCAUCUUCCUCGGACCCAGCUGCGCCCGUGUCUGGGUUGGAUGUCGAGACGGGACCUGGUGCGGAAGAUGCGCUCGUGCGUUCGGGUGGACCGCUCAAGCUCUCUUUUAUCCCGGUCGUCGCGCCGUGGUUCAGCGGAAUUCUCUCUACGGCAAGUGUGCCGCUCAAGGAUGGUAUCAAGAUUACGGCGCGUGACGUGCGUGCGUUGUAUGAGGGGAUGUACAAGGAUGAGAGGGGCGUCAAGUUGUUGGCGAACGUGCCGGAUAUCAAGGAAAUUAUGAACCAGCAUGGUUGGGUGUUUGGCGGGUGCCAGGUUCAUAGUUCUGGACAACGUGUGGUUGUCGUGGGUGGUUUGGAUAAUCUGCUCAAAGGCGCUGCCACCCAGUGCUUGCAGAACCUAAACCUCGCUCUUGGCUACGACGAGUUUGCGGGGAUCCCUUUGCCAUAG